UGUAUAGUCAGGGCUUCUGCUGGGCAGGGCCAGCUGUUAAUCCUCCAGGCGGACACCGGGGCGUGGGGGGGGGAGAUGGGGCAUAUAGGUGGCGUCCGCUGGUGAGAAACACCUAGCGCAGGUAAAAGGGUGGCGGCGAGAGGGAGUUCCCACCUGUUGCGUUUUUCCAGAAAUGAAGACUUAAGAAAAUACCUAGGAGGGGCCGAUCGGUGUCUUUCGGACGCGCCUGGAAACCCCACCCUCGGUCAGAGGAAAAGCCCUUGGGCUGAGAGGCAGGAGCUUCAGAAAAACCGAGAAGAAAAGCAGCUCCUCCGCGCGCCGGGUCCUCGGCCUCGCACUCCUGCGCCCCGGCCGCGGCCCUUCGCCCCGCCGCGCCCUCCCUCCCCGGCCUCCGGGUGCCUCGGCCGGCGACCUGCCCCGGAGUCCUCCCAUGGCGCCAGCUCGAGCCCCAGGCUCCCCGAGCGGGGCCCUCUGCCGGCAACUCCUGCUGACUCUCGCGAUCUUAACAUUUGCCUGUGAUGCCUGCAAAACAGUGACACUACAUGUUCCCUCUAAACUAGAUGCUGAAAAAUUAAUUGGUAGAGUUAACCUGAAGGAGUGCUUUAAAUCUGCAACUCUCAUUCACUCAAGUGACCCUGAUUUCCAAAUCUUAGAAGAUGGUUCAGUCUAUACAACACAUGCCAUUCUUUCGUCCUCAGAGAAGCGCUCUUUUACCAUAUUGCUUUCCAACACAGAGACCCAAGAAGAGAAGGAGAUACCUGUCCUUUUAGAGCAUCAAACAGAGGUACUAAAGAAAAGGCAUUCUCAGGAGAAAGUUUUGAGACGUGCCAAAAGAAGAUGGGCUCCUAUUCCUUGCUCAGUGCCUGAGAAUUCCUUGGGUCCAUUCCCACUUUUUCUUCAACAGAUUCAAUCUGAUACAGCCCAAAACUACACUAUUUACUAUUCCAUAAGUGGGCCUGGAGUUGACAAAGAACCUCGCAAUUUAUUUUAUGUAGAGAGAGAUACUGGAAACCUGUUUUGUACUCGUUCUAUAGAUCGUGAAACGUAUCCAUCGUUUGAGCUAGUUGCCUUUGCAACAACUCCGGAUGGAUAUACUCCAGAAUAUCCAUUGACCCUGGUCAUCAGAAUUGAGGAUGAAAAUGAUAACUACCCAAUUUUUACAGAAACAAGUUACGUUUUUAAAGUUUUUGAAAACUGCAAAAUUGGUACUACCGUGGGACAGGUUUGUGCAACAGACAAAGAUGAGCCUGACACCCUGCACACGCGUCUAAGGUACUCCAUCAUCGAGCAGUUUCCAGCAUCACCCACCCUCUUUUCUAUGCAUCCAACCACAGGCGUGAUCACCACAUCGUCAUCUCAGCUAGACAGAGAGCUAAUUGAUAAAUACCAGCUGAAAAUUAAAGUACAGGACAUGGAUGGUCAGUAUUUUGGUUUGCAGACAACUGCAGCUUGCAUCAUUAAUAUUGAAGAUGUGAAUGACAACUUGCCAACAUUCACCCGUUCUUCUUAUGUGGCAUCCGUGGAGGAGAAUAGAAUUGAUGUGGAAAUCUUACGUGUUGCCGUUCAGGAUAAGGAUUUAAUCAAUACUGCUAAUUGGAGGGCUAAUUAUACCAUUUUAAAGGGUAAUGAAGAUGGAAAUUUUAAAAUUGUAACAGAUUCCGAAACCAAUGAAGGAGUUCUGUGUGUGGUUAAGCCACUGAAUUAUGAAGAAAAACAGCAGGUGACCCUGCAAAUUGGUGUAGUUAAUGAAGCUCCAUAUACUGGUAGUUCAAGAUCAACCAUGAACACAGCAACAAUCACUGUUAAUGUGCUAAAUCAGGAUGAGGGCCCUGAGUGUGACCCUCAGGUACAAACUGUUCGAAUGAAAGAAAAUGUACCAGUGGGAACAAAGAACAUUGGCUAUAAAGCAUAUGACCCGGAAACAAGAAGUAGCAGUGGCAUAAGAUAUAUGAAGUCAAGUGAUCCAGAAGGGUGGGUCGAUGUGGAUGAAAACUCAGGAGUAAUCACCAUUUUGAAAAGACUCGAUAGAGAAGCCAGAAGUGGUGUAUAUAAUAUUUCAAUCAUUGCCUCAGACAAAGAUGGGAGAACAUGUAAUGGAGUACUGGGGAUUAUUCUUGAGGAUGUGAAUGAUAACGGCCCAGUCAUACCUCAGCGGACGGUGAUAAUCUGUAAACCUGUCAUGUCGUCGGCCGAGAUUGUUGCUACAGAUCCAGAUGAACCCAUACACGGCCCACCCUUUGACUUCAGUUUGGAAGGUGCUUCUGAUUCAGAGGUACUUAGAAUGUGGAGACUGACGAAGGUUAACGGUGUAUCAGCACGUCUCUCCUAUGUGAAUGACCUCCAGUUUGGAAAAUAUACAGUCCCUGUCAGAGUUACAGAUAGACUCGGCCUGUCACUUGUCACUCGCUUAGACGUGAUAUUAUGUGACUGUGUUACCCCAAAUGACUGCAUCACUCGCUCAGGUCCGAGUGAUGGCACCAGAGAAGUGAUACUUGGAAAGUGGGCCAUCCUUGCAAUAUUGUUGGGCAUAGCACUGCUAUUUUGUGUCCUAUUCACCUUGGUCUGUGGGGCUACUACUGGGGCAGCCAAAAAGCCAAAAGUAUUUCCUGAUGAUUUAGCUCAGCAGAACCUCAUCGUGUCAAACACUGAAGCUCCCGGUGAUGACAAAGUGUAUUCCACAAAUGGUUUCACAACCCAUGCUGUGGGUGGCUCUGCUCAGGGAAUUUGUGGCACCCUGGGAUCAAGAGUGAAAAAUGGAGGGCAAGAGACCAUCGAGAUGGUAAAAGGAGGGCACCAGACCAUGGAGUCCUGCCAGGAAACCGGGCAUCAUCACACCCUGGAACGGUGUAAGGAAGGUGGACAGCACACUCUGGAUUCCUGUAGAGGAGGACCAAUAGCAACCGACAACUGCAAAUACACAUACUCCGAGUGGUACUCUUACACCCAGCCCCGUCUCGGUGAAAAGGUCCGGCAGUGUGAUCAGGAUAACACCCAUAUGCAAGCUCAAGACUAUGUCCUGACCUAUAACUACGAAGGAAGAGGAUCAGCAGCUGGAUCUGUGGGCUGUUGCAGCGAACGACAAGAAGAAGAUGGACUUGAGUUUUUGGAUCAUCUGGGACCCAAAUUUAGGACACUUGCGGAAACAUGCAUGAAGAGAUGAGUUCCUUCUAAAUGGUCUACAAAAGUCAAUGGUUUAUUGUUGUUGUUGUUUUUUUUUUUUAUAAGCUAAGAUUUUUUUAAAAUAUAGAAGAUGCUAUAUUUGGGGCUUUUCCCCUUAAUUUUGUUGGAAUCUCUUUAGCCAAAUGCGCAUUCACUGAGGGAUGCUGUAAAUAACUACACAAAUUUCCUGGCUUUUUCAUAGUGUUUAGUUACUUAUCUUCCACCUAAGGACACCUGCAGAUAGACAAGAAAGUCUGUGUUAUUGUUUACAUUUGGGUAUAAUGACAGCAGCCAAUGUAUAGUGCAAUACAAUGUAAUGAAUUCACGUGUAUAUCAUAGAUUACUUGAAGUAGAACCAAAUGGAAAAUUAUAGAGACCUUGCUCUAAUUUAAUCUUCAGUUACCUAAUUCAUUGAUCAUUUGUAUGGUACUUAAAGACUGCUGUUCUCCUAAACAUUCUGAAGUGUUUAUACUGCAUUCUUGAUGUUGUUUUAGUCUUGUAACAUGACCUGUCUUCAUAAAGCAAGUGUUGACUGUUAUUAUAAUUCCAUUUUGGUGGAGUUUAGUUUCUGCCUUGUAUUCUUUGUGAAAUCUGGCACUGAAUUACACUUGCUCUGUUACUCACCUUCUCCGAACAUUUACAUUUUAAAAAAUGUUGUAAGAGUGUAUUUUUAUUUCUGUGAGGUUUUGGUCUUUGGUCUCCUAGUCCCCGCUCUCCACCGCCCCCUCCGUCUCUGUCUCUCACCUUCUCCCUCCUCCCUUCGUCCCCUUCACUUCCUUCUCCCUCUCUCUCUUUGUCUCUAUCUUGUUUGUGUUCUUAAAGUUUGUAUUUGGGUUGGAGAACCUAAAUAUAGUUAAAAGCCAUCUCUCUUUCCUCUCUUAUAAAGUUCUGUGUUUCUGUUUUAUAUAAGCACCUGUAUUCUUGGCUUUUCUUAAAAAUCAAUGUAAUGUUGAUUUUAUGGUUUGAACUAUUUUGGUGCUUGCUUCAUUAUCUUCCCUACAGAGACCCUUUAAUUUUGCCACUGAAUUGUAGAAAUAUAUCAUGCUUUUAUUAGGUGCAGCAUUUUAUGUUAACAAAAGGAAUACUGUAAUUAAAAUUGGGAUGUGGACAUUUAGUAUAUAAGAGUAUAUUUGUUUGGUUCUCAGUUGCUCAGUGGUGUCUGACUCUUUGUGACUGCAUGGACUAUAGAUGCCAGGCUCCUCUGUCCCUGGGGUUUCCCAGGCAAGAUUACUGGAGUGGGUAGCCAUUCCCUUCUGCAGGGAAUCUUCCCCACCCAGAGAUCGAUCCCAUGUGUCCUGCAUCUCUUGCACUGGCAGGCGGAUUCUUUACCACUGCACCACCUGGGAAGCCCAGUAGUAUAUUUAUAGUUCAUUAUUGCAAAGAUCCAGUUUAUAAAUGCAAAAUAGUGAUGGUUUUUGAAAUAAGCUUUGAAAUGCAGGGAUCUUGAAAGCAGUCUAGGAAUAACAUAGCUUUUUAGAUGAGAUGGCUAGUUACAUCUAUGUGUUUGUAAAGUUUUUUUUUUUUUUAAUAUUAUAAGAUUAAAGUUUUUAAUGGAUGUAGAAGUGGUCCAAACUAUUUAAAUUUUGAAUUAAUAAGACAAAAUUAAACUUAAUAGCCAACCAAAUUCCAGGCUAGGUUUCACAGCUGAUUUCAGUCAAUGAAUUUUCUAUCUAUACUAACCAUUGGACAUUUAAAAAAUAUUUCUGAUAUUUAGAAUUGUUAAUGAUAUACCUGCUUUUGGAUUCACAAGAUUGGCUUAUACCAAUCAUUUUUAAGAAUUAACAUUGGGUAGUUUAUUGAAUACUCUGUUUAUCUUUUCAGUAGUUUUAUUGCUGCUCAGUCAAAAAUACAGUUUCUCAAUGUUAUUUAUAAAUUCUUGUACAUGACUAGUUAUGAUAAAGUAAAUCAGGUAGUUUUAAAAAUCAGUGUGUUUGUUAAUCAUGUGUCUGAUAUGAGCUUAUGGGAUGGUGCUUUUCUUACUUAAAGAAGUGAGGUUCUUUUAGAAUCCUUUUCUACACAUUUUAGACUUUUAGAGUUUGAUUUGGAGAGGUCUUUGGUUGUUACCAUCACAUUUAUCUAAUUUUACUGUUCUAAAGACUGUGAUGCUAUUGAAUGUUGGUUAAAUUGUAUAAUUUUUCCAUGUCUGAUUUUCUUCAUCUAAAAUGGGGGAUAAUAAUAGAACUCCUUUUCUAGGGUUCUCUUGGAUUGGCUGUAAGACAUUUGAAUAAAAAAUGGUUUUUAAGCAUGAAAGUCAUGCAGAGUGGUCCACCCAAAAGGCACUCCUAAUAAAACUAAACAAUUUUAAAUAAGUUGCAUGAACAACCCAUUUCAUGUUAACAAAAAUCAAUAAGAUAAUGGAA